UCCUGUCCAUAAGUAGAGCGACUCUGGGGAUCCAGAGCGUUAUCCAUCGGGCGUCCACAGCCGCAGCCCCUGGGUAGCCGAAGCAGUGCGGAGACCUUGUUAGCUGGGCGGGGCCCGAGCGUCCAUUGGCGGCUUCGAAAGCGUCUCGGCGGGAAGUGCUGCCGGCGCGGUGGGCGAUGCGGACUGGAUAGGUAGGCUUCAGCGAUACCGGUUGGGACUCAGAGGGCGGCAGGAGGACUACGGGAGCCAGGCCUCAGAUCUCUACGGGGGCCUUGCCACAGCGCAGUCCCGCCACGCGAUCUCGGCCUAGGAGUGACACUAGUGGAGCCCAGUUCUUUUAGGAAUGCCAUGCUGCAUAUCACUCAGAAUUAAGAAUCUUCGGGAGUGCUAAGGAAUGUUUGUUACAUCUUGCCUUUGGGCACCCCAUCCCGAAUGUCCUGAUCCCCGAAGCUCAUAGCCACAUCUAGCCUGAGAUGGAUGAGAAUGUUGCCGAGUUUCUCCGGAGGAUCAUCCUGAAAAUCCCUCUGUGUGAGAUGAAGACCAUCCUAGAAGCCUGGGACUUUUUGUCUGAAGACCAACUGCAGAGCAUAAACUUGAAGCAGAGAAAGGAAUUUCUGGCCCAGGAAGUGAUUCUGCUGUGCGAGGACAAGUGUGCAAGUCUUGAUGACAUGGCCCUUUUAGACCUCAUGUAUACUCAAUUUCAUCGGCACCAGAAGCUUUGGAAUGUCUUUCAGAUGAGUAAAGAACCAGGUGAAGAUGAUGUGGACCUUUUUGAUAUGGAACAGUUCCAAAGUUCAUUUAAGAGAAUUCUUCAGAGAACAUUAAAAAAUGUUACGGUCAGUUUCAGAGUCUACGAGAAGAAUUCGGUGUGGAUUCGGGUUGCCUGGGGAACACAGUAUUCACAGCCAAACCAGUACAAGCCCACGUUUGUGGUGUAUUACCCCCAGACCCCAUACGUCUUCAUUUCCUCCUGCUAUCUGAAGAGCACUGUGCCCCUUCUCCAUCAGGCGCUGAAAGUCGCUAGCAAACACCAUCAGAUGGCGCAGCUGGACCUGAGAAGCAGGCACCUGGACUCACUCAAGGCUAUUGUGUUUAACGAGUAUGACCAGACCUUUGAAAAUUACAACUCCACAGCGUCUUGGCGUGAAGGAGGCCUUGGACUGAAGACAGAUUUGGAUUCAAAGAUCAUUCAUGAAAACACAGAGGAAAAAGUGAGAAUCCACAGAGCCACGCAAGAGGCCUUUGGAGCCUAUCCUCAGCCACAGCUAGAGUUCGCACAGUAUAAGGUAGGAUCUGAAACCAAGUUCAAGAGUGACGUAGGUGGGGGCAUCUUGGCUGACAGGAAAGAGCCCCUCCGGUGCCUCGUCAAGUUCUCCAGCCCACAUCUUUUGGAAGCGUUGAAAUCCUUAGCACCAGCGGGUAUAGCAGAUACACCACUUUCUCCACUGCUCACCUGCAUACCAAGCAAGAAAAUGAAUUAUUUUAAAAUUAGAGAUAAAUGAAAUGCAUUUGUCUCAGCUUUUAUUGCACAUGCGAUUCCAGUUAUAGCCGGCUAGCUCCUGCGUAUAGCCUUGUGUUUUAGGAACCAAUCCUUGGCAUGGGAAAUUAGUGUUUCUAAUGUAACUGUUAGGACUGAAUCUGUCCUCCGUAUGUGCGUGCGCUCUCUCUUCUGAGUACAGCAGCUGUGGGCAUUUGACAAGUGAUAAAUGUGUGUGUGUGCACACACGUGCACGAGCACGCACACAUGUACACACACAUGCACGAGCACACACUCGAGGCUGCAGUGAUCUCAACCCUGGGACACACAGAAGUCAAGCAUAGGCACAGUGGUGAAUCUGCUGUCCUUUCUCCCACUGCUGCUGCUUAUCCUCAGAAGUCUGGUUUCUGUGGCAUCUGUUACACCCUCGUUCACAGAUAGAAGAACCAAGAAACUACCCAACCCAAACCCCAAACUAGGAGAAUCAGUGGGGAGAGCUGGGGCUACUACCCAAGGCUGCAUAUCUAAUGGCUUCUUUGUGUAAGUAACUUUUCUGUUGUACGUAUUCUUGUCACGAUCUCUGAUCCAUGGAACACUGAAACUGAGUGCCACUGUUACACUGAUGUGUGAAUAAAGAUACUGACAAACUGCCGUA